AUGGCGGAACGGAAGCUCCUCGUUCUCUUUGGCAGCCAGACUGGGACGGCUCAAGAUACAGCCGAGAGAAUUGGCAGGGAAGCCAAGCGGCGCCGCUUUCACUGCAGGGUGGAGGCCCUGGACAGUUACCCUGUGGCGCAGCUGAUCCAGGAGCUGCUGGUGGUAUUUGUGUGUGCAACCACGGGCCAGGGGGACCCGCCUGACAACAUGAAGAAUUUCUGGAGGUUUAUCUUCCGAAAGAACCUGUCCCCCGCCUCCCUUUGCCAGAUGGACUAUGCUGUGCUGGGCCUCGGAGACUCCUCCUAUCCCAAGUUUAAUUUUGUUGCGAAGAAACUGCACAAGCGGCUGCAGCAGCUCGGGGCCAGCCCCAUCCUGCCAGUCGCCUUGGGAGACGACCAGCACGACUUGGGGCCGGAUGCAGUGGUUGAUCCCUGGCUACUGGACUUGUGGGGAAGGAUCCUACCCUUGUACCCUCUGCCUCCUGGCCUUGGCAUUAUCGGCCCAGAUGUCCUUUUACCCUCCAAGUUCACGCUGCAUUUUCUGGAUGAGCGCUCCAGUGGCUGCGACGGGGAGGCCCCCUCAGAGCUGCACCCCUUUGCUGCCCGGGUGGUGUCCAACCUCAGAGUCACGGCGGAAUCACACUUUCAGGACGUCCGGCUCAUUGAGUUUGAUGUCACAGGCUCUGGGAUUGAGUACAGUGCGGGAGACGUGGUGAUGAUCCAGCCCCGGAAUGCCCCUGAGGACGUGCAGCAGUUCUGCCAGCUCCUGCGCCUGGAUCCAGACAGAUGCUUCGUGCUGAAGCCCUCUGAGCCCGGAACCCCCCUUCCUGCCCACUUGCCGCAGCCGUGCACCAUCCAGCACCUGGUCGCCUGCUACCUGGACAUUUCCUGUGUCCCCCGUCGCUCUUUCUUCGAGCUCUUGUCCUGGUUCUCGCCAAACGAACUGGAGCGGGAGAAGCUGCAGGAAUUCAGCUCUGCGCAGGGCCAGGAGGAGCUCUACAGCUACUGCAACCGGCCCCGCAGGACCACCUUGGAGGUCCUCUGCGAUUUCCCUCAGACCACUUGUGCUGUUCCUCUUGACUACCUGCUGGACCUCAUCCCCCGUAUCCAGCCCCGGGCCUUUUCCAUCGCCUCCUCCAUGCUGGCUCUCCCCAACAGACUCCAGAUCCUUCUGGCUGUGGUGCAGUACAAGACACGCCUCAGCAAACCCCGCCGUGGCCUCUGCUCUACCUGGCUGGCAUCCCUCCGCCCUCAGCAAGGGGAUGUUCGGGUGCCUCUGUGGGUGAAGAGGGGAGGGAUGAAGUUCCCUGCGGAGCCAGACACCCCUAUCAUCAUGAUUGGCCCUGGCACGGGAGUGGCACCCUUCAGAGCAGCCAUACAAGAGCGUGUUGCACACGGCAGGAAAGGGAACUAUUUAUUUUUCGGCUGCCGCCAGAAAUCCAAGGACUUUUACUGCGGGGCUGAGUGGCAGGAGCUGGUGCAGAGCGGGCACCUGACUCUCUUCACAGCCUUCUCCAGGGACCAGGAGGAGAAGAUUUAUGUUCAGCACCGAAUUAGAGAGAACCAAGGACUGGUAUGGGAUCUGCUGAGCCGUGGGAAUGCUCACAUCUACCUGGCAGGAAAUGCCAAGGAAAUGCCGGCAGCAGUAGCAGAAGCCCUAAAAUCCGUGUUCCAGCUGGAAGGGGACCUGUCCCCCUCAGAAGCUGAGGAAUAUCUAACAGCCUUGGAAAGAUCCCGUCGCUUCCAGAUGGAAACCUGGUCGUGAGCCUGGAGCCGAGCCUGGGACAGCCUGCUCCUGGCCGUUCCCCCGGCCUGCCAAAUGCUUGACAACACCCAAUAAACCCACCAGCACCUUGUGUCAGCCUCACACUUCAGUCCCAGGGCGGCUCAGCCGGCACAGUUGCCCUGCCGGUGACAGAGGGGAAACUGAGGCACAAAGGGGGGAAAUGGCUUGCCCAAGGCUGUGAGUCCGUGGCAGAAUCACGAGUAUAUCCAGUCAUCCGCCCAUGUAAACAAGGCCAUGGUGUCCUGUAGUUCCUCUCCGAGAAUCUGCCUCCUGCUGCAGAGUGGUGGUGUCAUGUAGGGAAGAUAGUGAGUCCUUGAAUACUUGAACCAGGUGUCACUGAUGCCAGUUCACCUUCUGGAGUCUGCCAGUAGCCUGAACGCAUGACUCAGAGACGGGUGAGCUGCCCCACUCCUCCAGGAGCUGAGCCGACACCUACUAAGGACAGUUUAAAUGGGGCAUAUGUAACUGGUUCCCUGCCCAGGCGCUAAUGGCCUCCUGUAUCACCUCCGAGCCAGCAGCCAAGCCUCCUCCCACGCAGUUCUGUGCCAUGCAGGCAGCUGAAAAGGGGGCGGAGGGAGGGGGCUGCUGUCCAGUGGAGCCACAGACCCAGUGAAUGGAUGCAGAACCUGCACUUGGAAUCGGGAGGGGGUGGGUGGGAGCCUGCGGUUAGUUGGCCAGGGCCCAGCUGCACCUGGGCGGGGAGAACUUCUCCAGGAGCCACAUUCACUCUCAGCAACAGCUGUGUGCAGGGCUCCCGGUGACGGUAGCCAGUGCUUUCACUGGACGCUCAUGCCCAACCCCUUCCUAGGCUCAGGGGUGCUGGCACACGGGUCCCUGCUGGCAGAAAUGGGGCUGGAAGCAGCGCCUGUGCCCCACACAUCCUUGUGCUGCAGUACAGAGGCCAGAGGCAGGGGUGCACCCACCAACACAAGUCAGUUCCUUCCCAGCUGUCUGCGGCUCGAGGCGGAGCACUACGGCGCUGCUUGUCAGCUGCACAGCUCACUUUUCUUCUUUUGUUUGUUGUUUAGCUUUCUUUGUAAUUAGGGCCUGUUUUGACCUCGGCCCUGUGUGCUGGUGGCCUUCCCCAGCUGGGUUAGGCCAAACCCCUGGGUUCAAAUCCUGCCAGACCUGUCACAGACCAUUCUGGCUGCCUCCGCUACUUCAGAGAGCCCCACGCCCCCCUAAGUAUAGGGGCUGCUCCAGCUUCGAGAGCAGAUCCAGGGAGCUGAGGGGAGACUUAUGGAGCAUUCCCUGAGACUUGUGGAGUCCGAUUUCCCCCCCCCCCCCCCGCCCCCAGAACCCCGGUGUAGCUGCUCGGGGAGCACUCUGGUGCCUGAAGAGCUCAUGGUGCAGCUUAGGAUACUUCGAAGCUUCAGCGGAGGGAAAGGCCCCAUUCAGCAGAAAGAGAGACUCAAAGGAAGGGGAAAGUCUCCUCUAAUGCCAGGGAGCAAGGAGGCCUCACGUCCUGCUGUGGAGAGUGCUGAGGCUUCUCCCUGCCCUAGGACCAACAGGAAUCCUCUGGCAAGCAGCCCCAGGAUCAGAGCCCUCCAAACAGAGGGGCAGCUUAAAGAAAUCCUCUUAGACACAUGCUCCGGUAUUGUCUUCCCAGGGUCACAGCCACAGAGAGCACACGAACCGUUCAUCUGUACCAGCUCCAGCACUGCUCAGUGUGGCCUCACCCCCAGGAACAGGGUCCCAGUUCACCAUUACCAACCAGGUUGCUCUCCCGUGAGGAUCCCUGAGUCAUGGAAGAACCCGAAUCCCCUCUGCUGAGGGGUAUCGACCAAGAUUGCUUGCUGAUGUAGUAGGAAGAGGGCCUGAAACAGAAGCCCAUGUAUCAGAAACCUGGUCUGAGGCCUGGGCUAAAGUAGUCAAAACUUUGCUGAUAUAAAGCAAAGUUAAGUUGUGAGCAAGAGGCAGGCCCUGCUCACAGAAUCUGGCAAGAACUGGGCUAAUAUUGCAGAAACACAUUCCUGAGUGCUGCUAGGCAUAAGAAUAUAAACACGCACAUUGCAGGAAGGUGGUACCAGAACACCUCGAUGCCAAACACAUUCCCCAAAGAGAACAGGAACACACCGACCCAUCCUACAGACAAGGUCAGGAUAACAGUGUGAUGGAUAGAGACGUACAAGGUGAUGGGAGGUAACUAACUACAUCAGAGGGACAGUGUGUAACAUGUUUGUACUGAUGUAUUAAAAGGUAUCUCAGAGGGAGCGUCUUUGGCUGGCCUGGGGUUAAUGGACUGAGCUAGUCCAUUGCAACGGGCAUGCGUGUGUUUGUGUACCUGUAACCACUGAGCCAGGGCACUGGGACUGUGCUUCGUUGGCAAUAAACCUGACCAUGUGCCUUCGCUACG